UUAUAACUAAAUUUUGCUGAUUGUUUUCCCCCCAGAAUCCAUAUAUGGUGAAUAUCAUCAUGGCUGGCCACGACAAGGAUGUAGGCCCGUCUCUCUACUUUAUUGAUUAUAUUGCUUCUCUUCACAAGCUUGAUAAAGCAGCAUUUGGUUAUGGAUCAUAUUUUGCACUCUCCAUGAUGGAUAGGCACUACCGCAAAGACAUGACAGUUGAAGAAGCCAUUGAUUUAGUUGACAAGGUUAUAAUGGAAAUACGAAGUAGGCUGGUCGUGGCCCCACCAAACUUUGUAAUCAAAAUUGUUGACAAAGAUGGGGCGAGGGAAUAUGCUUGGCGUGAAUCUAUUAAAGAUGCCCCUGUUCCAGCAGUAUGAGGCUUUUCAGGGCUUUUAAUAGAUUUUAUUGCUUAGUUGAUCGACUCUAUAAUCUUAAUAACUGUUGAAAUCUUUAAAUACUGGGAUUUCUUUGUGUUUGAUUUAUGAUGUGCCGGACCUCUUGCUUUCUGAAGAAUUUUAUGUGCCUGUGCUUACUAGUUGAUGUAAAAAAUAUUUUGUUCUCUUUAUUCAAAAUGUAGCUUGAUCCUAAAUCUAUUGUGGUUCA